CCUUUUUCUUCACAAACUCCAAAUACCCAAAAUCCUCCGCCGCUCGCGGCUGAGAAUUUUCCUCCGUCGCCAAUGGCGGCCGUCCUCAUCCGCUGCGCCGUCCUCUCCCUCCCUCCUCGCCCCGCGAGAGCCACCGCGUCUCCGCCGCAGCCUCGUCUCACCGCCGCCGCCUCCGCCGCCGCUCGCAAACCCUUGAAGCUCGCGAAGCGAAGGAACCACCUCCGCCCCAAGAUCCUCAGGACCCUCGCUAAACCCUACGCCCCUCCCAUCCGAGCUCCCGAGGAACCCCCGUCGGACGCCGUCGUUCCGGCCCCGUCCCCCGAAACCCUAACCGGCCUCUUCGAAGCGGAGUCUCCGGCGGAAGAAGCUUCUCCGGUCUCGGAGAGCGUGGGCGUCGGUCCCGAGCACGACGGCGUCGCCGGGAAGUUCUCGGCCAGGUCUGUGAUAAAGUUCGGCGCUUAUUUGGUUGUGGUUUUUCUGUUCCAGACGAUUUGUGCUGUUUGGGUGUUCGGUAGCAAUGGCUCCGAUUCUGCUGGUGAAAGUGAGGAGAGGACUUUGGUGAAUGGGGAGGGGAGGGCGGUGUCGGGAAAGUUCUCGUCGAGGACGAGGAAUGUGGUUUAUUUGGAUGAGUCUGACUUGGAGAAGAGGAUCGAGGAGAUAAGGUCGAUGGCUAGGGAGGUGCGGAGGCGCGAGAAAAGGGGACCGAAGAGGGAUGAUACCGGGGAUGGUGAGAGCGGCGACGGCGACGAUGAUGAUGAUGGUGAGGCGAUUGCCGAGAGCAGGAUGGCCAUGAUCGAGAAGGAGAUUGGUUCUCGGUUGGAUAAGCUGCAAAAGAAGUUGGGCCCUGUUCGGAAAUCACCAGGUCUAAGUAAAAAAGUGCCGCUCGAGGGAGCUAGUAGCUUGAUGUUCAAGAAAAAGUUAAAGUUUAGAAGCCCUUUGGUGGAGAAACCCAGCGCUAAUCCGAAGGGGUUUCAGGGGUUACAAGACAAUGGUAAAACAAAGAAGAAAAGCAGUAGUGAAGUCAAUGGGGAAGGGCAAAAUGGAGGUCUUAAUCACGGUGUUACGGAAUCAUCAAGCGGAGAAAAGUGGGAGGAAUUGGUUGAUGGUAAGGGGCAUGGCGGUCUUUCCAACGAUAUUAAACGAGAAGAUGAUGAAACCAUGGUUUUCAAAGAGAUGCAGGAUGAUUUGCAUAAUGAUGGGGUAGGCGAAGGGCAAUCUUUUACUCAAGUGGAUGAAGAAGUUGGAGAUACUCGAAGCAGAACUGGCAUUGUCGAGGAGGCUAGUGGGAAAAGGAAUUCAAUUGGAGGAGCAAACUUGAGAACAACUGGAAAUUCCAGAUUGCAGAGUUCUCGAAGCUUUGGGGAUGAAAAGCAGCAGGAGGUUACAAAAAGAUCCGCUGGGCGAGAUGUAAAAAGUAUCAAUGGCACUUUGAAGUGUGAAGAAAUUAAAGCCACAUCAAUGAGCAAGAGAGUCAAGGAUAAGCAAUCGGAUAAAAUUCAAGAAUUUUGGUGGUUGAAGCUUCCUUGCGUAUUUGCUAUUCUUAUGCGUAGAGGCUCUGAUUUGGAAGAACCAGGUGGAUUCUUUACCUUAAAGACUGCUCCAGAAGACAGUGAUGCUUCUUCCUUCACAGUUGCUUUCGAGGACCGUGUUGAUGCAAACAAUUUCUGCUUUUUGCUGGAGUCCUUCUUCGAGGAGCUGGGUGAUUUCAGUGCUGACAUCGUACCUCUAUUGAGAAAAGAACUUCAAGAGGCCAUGAAAGAAAAGACCAUGCAAAUGGUGGUUGUAAGGAAGGGGCAGCUUAAGCUUUAUGCUGGACAGCCAUUUUCUGAUGUUGAGCUAGCCUUCCAGUCUUUGGUUGAAGAAAGCCUGUCAGAGUGAAUUUAAGUACAUAGACAAUUGGACACAGAUAUUUUCCCAAUCCACCAUUGAACGUUUCUGAACCAUAGCUUCCCAUUCCGAGUUUUUUGUCUCUUCUGCUGAUUGUGAAUUUGCUAGAUGGCCGAGCGCUCCUUCGCCAAUGAUCUUUCCUUCAGCUGGUCGUGCUUUUGAAUUUUGGAAAUCCAAAGGGUCCAAGCACAGGGCAAGCCUCGUCUGGGGCAACUUGAUUUUGAAUAUUCAAAAGCACGUAUCAACGAAGGAGAGAUUAUUGGGCAAGGAGAUCUCAGCCAUCUUGCAAAUUCACUCCUGUUCAGCAAUGCUCAAUGAUGGAUUGAGAAAAUCGCUGUGUCCAAUUUGCAUUUGGCGAGGUGGCUUACAGCAUCGGCAUGAUAUGGUUUCGUAGGUAUGGCCUGGUUCUAGUCACUAGAUAUUUUCAGUUUUGGGUUUCGCGUGUACACCGGUUGAAAUUCAACAAAUUCAGCUGAGCAGCAAUUCUU